CAUCCCCAGCAAGACAGUGCCGGCGUCUCACAUAACGCGACAACAGAAGGAAGGAACGCUAGCCUCAUUUCGAUAAAAGAUCAAUACCAACAAAUAGCUGUGCAGUAUUCCUUCCGUAUCGUAGCGUUGCCGCGGCGUCUACGCACAGGGAAUAUUACAUUAACAAGAUCAAAAGCAAAUUCACUGCAUUUCUGUCGUCUGCUUUGGCUAAGUGACGAUCACACCAGACGCUACCAUAUGGUAGUGGACUAGCCUCGCAAGGAUACUGCUAAUUGGUGACUAACUAAAGGUGUCUGGUUUGUUUGAUAGCAAUAUGGAAGGGAAUGAUGGAAGAAUCGUUUUACUACUGGUUUUCAGUAUAGGUUGUCUCUUUUCCAAUGUGAAUAGUUCAAGUAACGCCACAGGUAGUCCGAUAGCUAAACCAACUACGGGUAAACCAGCUCCAGCUGUCACUGUAAAUACACCACAACAAUCAACAAAAGGAAAUACACCAACCGUUGCCCCGGCGACAACGACAACUCCUCCAGUGCCUAGUUUUGUUCUCUCCCAAAACAAUAAGCCAUGUUUAAAGGCGGCGUUCAGGGCUCAGUUUACAGUUGAAUAUGAAUCAAGAAAAGCAAAUAGCACAACUGAAAUGAAGAGUGCCAUCAUAACCUUACCCACCUCAGCCAAGGUCACAGGAACAUGUAUGUCAACCAACAUCACAAAAGCAGAAUUAACCCUUUCAUGGGAUAGAUACUCAAUAAGAAUAUAUUUUGUGGAAAGAAAUGUCGAUAAGCCCGACAUAUUUUCCUCAGAAUCUGAGAAGUGGUUGGUAACCACGGCAACCAGACUCGUUUUUAGCUACAACACGAGUGAGAACGUUGCGUUCGAGUCUCCAGUGAAGGAACAAGAAAUCGAAGCCAGUUCAAAAUCGACCGACUUGUUCUUCGAGAAUCCACUGAACACAUCCUACACGUGCAUCAGCGGGAAUGACUUCACCCUGGUCACGGAACACAACACCACUGUCUCACUGAAGCUGACCGACGUCAAGAUCCAGGUGGUCAACACACCCAUGAAUGGAUAUUCAGAGUCUCACUUGUGUGAAGGAGACAAGUCGUCCCCGGAACAGAAUAUCGUCCCAAUCGCAGUAGCAGGCUGCCUUGCCGGGAUCAUCCUAAUUGUCAUUUUAGGCUACCUCAUCAGCAAAAGGACCCACAAGCCAACUUACACCACGUUUGAUGAGUAAUCAAGAAGGUGCUUAGGUCAGGCAGAGCAACACGACUUUCCUAACUUGAUUUCCGUAGACCUCGCACUGUCCAGUCAGAUGUGACAGUACCUGUUUCACCGGGGCUGUGAUUGGCAGUAAAACAACCAGUCACCAAGCUGUAUUUUUGGAGGUGCCCGGUCAAGGUCAUUUUAGGAAAGCGGUGUUUGGCAAGAAUGAAGAAAUGUUUGAAAUGAAAGCUAAAGGAAAGAAUAGAAUUGAAGUAUGGGAAGGAAGGAAAGUAUCUUGUUUCUGUAGCCGGCGGUCAUGGCCGUGUUUGAGAGUUAGGAAGGCGGCUGCUUCGAAGAAGUGCGCGCCAGGUAAUUUCGCCGCUAGGUGGCUGGGUGUAUUGCAAUAGGAAAGUAGCUCAUUGCAGGAUGGUAAAAUCUACCAAGCUCUGUUGGUAAUCUAAGGGCUCCACCAAGCAGUUCUUAUUAAGGCCAACGGCUAGGAAUACUAUUCAUGACCGAAUUCCGCGAAAAUACGGCAUUUGAAUACAUGGGGUUAGUAGCGGGGUGGGGCUACCAGGCCUUAUACUGGGGGUGAAUAUAUUAGAUCUAUAGAAAGCUAUAGACCAAUUGCAAGUGAGGUGAGGGGACAGUCAAUAAAUUUGGAGAGUAGAGUUUGCACUGUCUUUUAGCGAUAAGGUCAACAGCGGCCGAAUCAACUGUUUGUUUUGUCAGAUAUGUUCUAGUUUUUCCUCCAUAUAUAAUUUGCUUCCAAGAUAACAAUCAAAAUAUACACAAUGCACAUAUACAAACAUCUAGUAUAGUUUGUAGAUAGAAACCAGACGUAUAGCCUACAAUCAUCCUUUAAAGUUAGAUUAUUAGCGGAUUCAGUACAGUGUCAGUCAAAAGCAAAUAAUGGCUGUAAUUGUUAUUCAGAGAACGUGCGCCCUCCUUAGAAUCCCAGCGGAGCUACCUACUUAACAGAAGAGGAACUAACCGGUGUAUGAUGUGUACACAAACGAAGUUCCUCUUCUCUUUCAGUUAGUGCCACCGCUGGCCUUCUAAGGAGCACACAUUUUCUCUGUAGAUGUCCGAAUAUGCCUUUGCAUGUUAAAGGGAUUCUCUUAAGCAGCAUGAUAAAAGUUAUGGGGUUACUUGCUUAUGACUGAGGCUGUACACAUAUUCUAGUCUGCAGUCUGCCCUCAUCAGCAAUGUUGUGAACAGAGAUUGAUUGUAAAAUAUUGUAUAAAGUGAGAAGUCUGUGAUCAAAUCAUCAACUUUAUUCUUAACAUCGAAAUACUCAACAUUAUUAUAUACUCUGUAGGAAAGGCUUAAUAAUCUCACAGCUUCAAGGCCUUGGUUCCAUUUUUACAAGUGGACGCAUCUUUCCUGCUGCGAUGGCGACUGCAGAAAGCCGUGCUCGGCUACCCGCUGUGGGCGUGAGUUGGACAGGUUAGUAACAAUCUAACAAUAUGAAAUUACCAGGUCGAGAUGGAGAUUGUUAUGCCUCAUCCACCGAGUUAAGUAUCAAUAUUAUACAUGUAAUUAACUCAUUUUGAAUAUACUUAAAUCCAAGUAUAGAUUAUACUUGAUCAUGUUUUGUGGCCGAAUGUUUGUUAAGUCUAGUUUAGUCUUUCGACUCAGUCUGGACUGUUAACCAUACAUUCUCCACGCCUGUAUAGUUCUGCCGUCUACAAUAUCUGAGCGACAGCAGAUCUUUGAAGCGGCCAAACUCAAAGUUAGUAUUGAUGAAUCGAUGACUGACAUUCGUCUGCGCUGAUAAAGUGAUGAGUCAGCAAAUUCUUAAGACGGUUGAAGUGAUAGUCGUAUUAUGUUGACACGUACAGUAAUGUGAAUGUGACCGACGUCGUUUUUAGCAUUUCCUCAGAUGACACCACGGCUGUAUGGUUAGCAGUACAGAUACAUGUAUGCAUUUCAUUGGUUGUGAAGCGUCAUUUCAUGUAUGUUGCUAUACCUCUGCAUUGUAUUACCUACCUCUUUUAUAAAAGUGGGGCCUCCACCAUUGCCAGAGUUUUGGCUGCGACUGAUCAAUGCCAGACUCACUAGCGGAAUUACGGUACACUUCACAACACUUCGUAAAGUAAUAUCCGGUUAUUCAAUCGCAAGGGCAGCCCUCAGUCGCAGCCCCAUCGGAAGAUAGUCGCGAUGGUGGAUUCCUCGCUUCAGAUUGACGUCCAUGUAAUCCAGUGCUUCUCCUCUGGAACUACAUACCUAACUACAUCAUCCAGCCCUGAAAUAGCACUCCUGGCUGACAUCGACAGUGCUGGCGUCCGCUGGAAGUUCAGUAUAAGAGUCUCCUUGGCAUCAGUGCUCUUACAUCGAUAUGGACAAUGGUUAAAAACUCCAAUGACUAAGCAAUUAUACUGAACAUUGCUGAUUGGUAUUUCAUUAAUUUCAUUUCUCUAUUUUUCAAAUAUCACACAUUUUAACCGUUAUCACAUGUACAUGUAUAUGCGUAUUUAUAUAACAUCAAAUGUUUGUGAUCUCAUCAAUAAAGUUUGUGACCGAUCCAAUAAA